AUGGCGGACCGGAUGAACCGCCUGAAGGAGGGCGCGUCGCCAGGCAAGAUGGGCAAGUCCGUCAGCGUGCCGACGUUCGCGCUGCCGGAGGCCCAGCAGGCCGCGACGUCACGCCCCCCCACGGACCACUCCGGGGCGCGGACGCCGGACGCCCGGAGCGGAAAGGGGAGGCUGACGCAGCCGCAGCACCCGCCGCCCGGCAAGCUGGCCACGCACCUGGGCAUCAUGCAAGGAACCAAGCGCCCCAUCGUCUUGAUGAGCAAGGCGCGCCACAAACUCGACACGUACGCGCGCGGCGGGCGGCAGCUCCGGACGUGGCUGAGGUUCGACGAGAUGGGCAACGCGAGCUUCAUCCAGGCGGACAAGAUCGCGAUUGUGCGCAAGUUCCAGGUCCCGCUGCGCGACCUGCGUCUCCUCGACCCCAACCUGUCGAGCUCGUACCCGUCGGCGCUGCUGGUGCGCGACCGGGCGCUGGUGAUCAACCUGGAGCACAUCAAGUGCAUCAUCGGCGUGGACCAGGUGCUCGUGCUGAACGCCGAGGACGAGAACGUCAACCCGUUCGUCGGGGAGCUGCAGCGGCGGCUGCAGGAGCACGCGUCGCCCCGCCCGACCCCGGGGCAGGAGGCGGGCGAGGAGCCCCCGUACGAGCUCGUGGCGCUCGAGGUGGCGCUCGAGGCGGUCGCGAAGCACCUGGAGCGGCUCGUCGCCGAGGUGGAGGCGUCCGCCCAGCCGGCGCUCGACGCCCUCAUCGUGUCGGUGACGGCCAACAACCUGGAGCGCGUGCGGAAGAUCAAGUCGCGCAUGAACCGGCUCUCGACGCGCGUCGACGUCGUGAAGGACAUCCUCGGCAAGUACCUGAACGACGACGAGGACAUGAAGCGUCUGUACCUGUCGCGCCAGGGCAAGAUCGAGCAGCAGCUCGUAGAGAUGGGCUUCCAGCCGCCGUCGCCCACCGAGUCGGUGCGGCCCUCGCGCAAGAGCGAGGCCUCCGCGCACAACGACUGGGGCAACUCCGUGCCGUACAACGGCCCCUGGGCGCGCAGCACCGACCGCGAGGGCGCCGCCGAGGCCCCAGCGGGCCCCGGCAUCUUUGGCGACGACCCCGUGCCGCUGACCGAAGACAACGUCAUGCGACAGAACGCCUCGCAGGAGCUGCAGCGCGUGAGCAGCUCCCUCGCGCGCGGCACCGGCGGCGGCCGCCCCGACCUCGUCCGCCGCUCCCGCGGCCCGACCCUGGAGAUGCACCUGAUGGACCAGCAGCGCACCGCGCGCGGGCCGCUCGACGGGGAGCGGCCGGGAAGCUCGCUGCGGUCGCUCCCCGGGUCCCCGCUGGGGUCGCGCGGCGUGAGUCCGACGCGCGCGGUCCCGAUCGAGAUCCCGCGCGUGGCGCCCGAGCACCGGGAGGGGGCGUACCACGCGCGCCAGCCGGCGGACAUCGAGGUGCCGGGGGACGUGCGGCUGAGCGGGACGCUGCUGUCGCCGUCGCCGUCGUCGCCGCAGCGGAUGACGCCGUCGGCGAGCGCGGUGCACGCGCGGCGCUCGGUUCACGCGGGCGGGUGGCGGCGGUCCACCUCGCAGGCACCCGACCGCGGGAACGCGAGCCCCGAGACCGGCAGCUCCGCGCUGCGCGACGGCGCUGGCGGCGGCGGCGGCGGCGGCGGCGGCGGCGGCUUCCUCGACCCGACGCCGGAGGGGCAGCCGAUUGAGCACGGGUUGGACGGCGCGGCUGGCGGGGGCGACGAGGGCGGCGCGGGCCGGCGGACGUCGACGGGGCUGACCCGCGAGGGCGGCUCGCUCCGGCGGUUCACGUCGCGGCACCGUCGCUCGAGCUCCUCGACGUCGUCGUCGUCGUCGCGCUCGCGCGGCACCACCGAGAGCGAGGUCUCGAGCGUGGUGUCGUCGCUCGAGGAGGACAUCGUGGACGAGGUGGAGAUGCUGCUGGAGGCGUACUUCAUGCAGCUGGACCACACGAAGAACAAGCUGCAGACGCUGACGGAGUACGUUGAUGACACGGAGGACUUCAUCGAGAUUUCGAUGGACAACCACCGGAACCAGCUGAUCUGGCUGGAGCUGAUGCUGACGGCGGCGGCGCUGAGCAUCUCCAUCGUCAGCAUGGUCGCGAGCGUGUUCGGCAUGAACCUGAACAACAAGCAGGAGUCGUCCUUCGCGGCCUUCAUGGUGGUGAUCUUCGUGAGCGCCAUCGUGGCCUGCCUGUCGUUCGGCGGGGUGCUGCUCUACGCGCGCAUCCGCGGCCUGACGUUCCGCUGA